AACGUUGUAAACGACAAUUUCUUUCAAAAAUUGUUUUGAAAGGUUGGUCAUUAUUUUUAUUUUCAAUAAAUAAUGAUAAUUGUAUUGUAAACUGAUAGUUUUAACUUUAUAAACACAAUGGAUAGUUCGUUCUUUGAAUACCGUAACGAGACAGCGGCCGAUAGUGGUUCCGAAUCGGAAUUUAUCGACGAUAGUUUAGUUGACGAAUCUUUUGGUGUAAAAAAGAAGAAUCACACAGUUUUCGUUGCUGAAUCUGAAGAAUCUACAACAGAUGAAGAUAACGAGAAAGAGAAGGCACCAAAGAAUGUAUCCAAAUCUGUGGUCAAACGAAGCAGUGUUGUCCAUAGCCAUGUUAUAUCUAGCAGCGAUGAUGAUACAAAUGCAAGCAACAGAGGCAGUAUCAGAAGGCAGUCAGACUCUUCCAAUAAAGUAGUUUUAAGUUCUUCAGAUAACGAUGAGGCAGUUUCACCUGAAAUAGUCCCAAAACGCAGACCACUGAUGAGGAAGUCCUCAGCCAGUAACAAUGACUCAAUAAUUGGACGCAAAACCAAGAAACGGAUUAUGCUUAUCGACUCUGAUACAGAAAACUCAAUCAUCAUAGAACAUGACAAGCAUAAAAAGUUAUUAUGUACGAAGGACACUCCGUUGAAAAUAGACAGUGGGAAUAAGCAGAAAAGUAACGAUCAAAGUAUGAUAGAAGACAAUCUAUCUAAGAAUGAGAGUAAAAUAGUUAUGGAUAGUGAUGACGAAGAAGAGGUUCAGAAUGAAAGUGCAAAGGUUGAUAAGACUAAAUCGUUAGUUUACGAUGGUUCUGAUGAUAGUGAUGAGAGUACUGAAGAGGAGUAUGAAGAAAGUGAUGAUGAUGGCCCUGAUGAGGAUCAGAUGGUGAUGUCCAGAGCAACGAGAAUGAGUAUCAUGGGUGUGGUACCGAAGGAUAAUGAUAGUGAGGAGUCUGACUUUAUACAAUCUGAUGAUAGCCAUCGAACCUCAAACCAGGGUUCCGUAGCAAGUCUAACAGACCUGCCAGAACUACAAAUACCACCAAAAACUCCAGAGAAGACUACAGAAGACCAAGAUUCCUCUAGAAUAUCUUGUUCCCCCUUCUCAAGUCCCCUUCAAGACAUAACAAAUGAAUCAAUAAAUGCAAGGAAAUCCUUAGAGAAUAAAGAUGAAUGUAUAAUAGUGAAUGAUACAGAGAAAAAUCCACCUAGCAGCCUUAGGAAUAAGGUGCUUAAUAACUUGGUACUGAAUAAAGCGAAGGAGAAUUUUAUACGGUAUGACGAUGACGUCACUAUUAUUGAUACGAAGCCGGAGAUCAUCGCGUUGAGCAGCGAUGAUGAAGAUGAGCCAAAUACAGAAUCGAAGUCGCCAAAAGAACGAAAGUCACUAAAGCCCAAACAGGAGGAAAUGUCUCAGAAUUCGAAGACGAUCACCAAGUACCUGAUGCCUCCCAGCCAUCCUGGACAGCAGGUCGUGUAUGUGAAGAAGCAUGUUAGGGAAGCCGAGCUGAUGAAGCUGGAGUCACUGAAGGAAGACCUGAAGAACGUUAAGUACCUCCUCGAAGAGAUGGAUGUGAAUACUCUCCCGGACGGCGGCGGCAGGCUUAUAGAGAGGAUGACCAGUCUGGAGGAGCAGUUCCGAAGACAAGGGGAGAAGGUCGCCAACAUGGUGGUCGAACAAGAUCAUCCAGGUGCGGACGUGGAUAAGAAGGGUCUCAGCUGGGACGAGCUGCAGAAGGCCAGCAAUGCUGUCAUGCCGCGCAUGUUUGGCAAACAGGCAAUGGCGACUCACAUGGCUGAGAGGAACCUGAUCCUGGACCGUCUCCGCGACCUGUACGAGUCGCUGGCGUCUCGUCCGUCGGAGUCGGAGCUGGCCACGCCGCCACGCGCCAUGAAGUCCACGCUCAUGCCGCAUCAGCUCCAUGCACUCGCCUGGCUGCGCUGGAGGGAGACCCAGAGGCCAAGGGCUGGAAUACUAGCGGACGACAUGGGUCUGGGUAAAACCAUCACGAUGAUAGCUCUGAUAGCGAGCGACAAGGAGGACAAGAUCGAUGAUGAUGACGACGAUGAUGAUGGUGGACCUGCUACAGGGAAAAUGGCCCGCGGAGGCACGCUGGUGGUCUGCCCGGCGUCCCUGAUGCAGCAGUGGGCGGGCGAGGUCAGCAAGCACUGCGCGCCGCACGCGCUGUCCGUGUGUCAGCACCACGGCGCCAGCAGGACGCAGCAAGCCAGCAGGCUCGCGGGACACGACCUCGUGCUCACUACGUACAACAUCAUGCAGAGGGACAAUGAGAAGCGAGGCGUGCUGACGCGCGUGCGCUGGCGGCGCGUGAUCCUGGACGAGGCGCACGUGGUCCGCAACCACAAGUCGGCGACGUGCGGCGCGGCGGGCGGGCUGCGCGCGCCGCGCCGCUGGUGCCUCACGGGCACGCCCGUGCAGAACAAGGACCUCGACCUCUUCGCGCUACUCAAGUUCCUACGCUGCUCGCCGUUUGAUGACCUCACUAUGUGGAAGAAAUGGAUAGACAACAAGAGUUUAGGCGGGCAGGAGCGUCUGAGUACAAUAAUGCAGUGUCUACUACUGCGGCGCACCAAGCAACAACUGGUCCAGCGCGGACAGCUCGCCUGUCUGCCGCAGCGGACCGCGCAUACCAGGACUGUCACACUCAAACCCCAGGAGAUGAAUGUCUAUCAGAAGGUGUUAGUGUUCUCCAAGACACUAUUCGCUCAGUUCCUACACCAGCGCGCUGAGAAGAACUCGGACGCGCAAGGAUUUACCUCGGCCGGGAACAGCGCAUACCACAAGAUGCAUAAGAAAAUGAUCGCCUUACAAGGAGCGAAACCAGUAAAGUCUCACGAGAUCUUGGUGCUCCUACUCCGCCUGCGCCAAGUAUGUUGCCACUGCGGCCUCAUCGCCGCCAUGUUGGACGAGGACAGCGCCGCCGACGUCCAGGAGGACUCCGCCGGACAGGAUCUAUUGGCUGAGCUCAAUAAACUGUCUAUUGAAGAUUCUAGUUCUAGGAGAAAGAGUAAAAAAUCCGACGACGAAGAUGAAGAAGGCCCCCCACAAGAAGGUACUACAGCGGCGGAAGCAAUCCGUUCAGUACUGUCUCCCAACAACCCGGUAUUUGAGCUCAGCAACCCUUCCUCCAAGAUCAAAGCUGUCAUGGACUGUCUUAACAACGAGGUCUUCGUUCAUAAAGGUCACAAAGCAGUAGUAGUAUCCCAGUGGACGUCGGUGCUCCGCCUCGUGGAGGCCCAGCUGGCCGCCGCCCGCGUGCGCUGCGUCACGCUCAGCGGCGCCGUGCCCGUCCCCGCGCGGACACCGCUACUCACUGCCAUCAAUGAUCCUAACUCCGACGUCAAGGUAAUGUUACUCUCACUCUGCGCUGGUGGCGUGGGUUUGAACCUGUGUGGAGCGAACCACUUGUUACUACUGGACCCACACUGGAACCCACAGCUCGAGGAACAGGCGCAGGACCGCAUCUACAGGGUCGGACAGACCAAGGACGUUAAUAUUUAUAGAUUCAUGUGCGUGGAUACGGUGGAGCAAUCAAUCAGAAAGCUGCAGCAAGCCAAACUGGAGUUGGCAGAGAAUGUGCUCACAGGCGCCAAGAAUACCAACAACUCCAAACUUACCAUUGAAGACCUCAAAAUGCUGUUUAACAUGGGCCAGUGAGCAGUAGAAAUUAUGUUAUAAAAAUACAACAAAAUACAUGCAGCGGUAUCGGUCAAAAUGAAUAGACGAUACUAGCCAAAUUUUUUUAGAUUAUUACUGUUUACUGACUUUAGUUCUAUUGAGUAUCUGUCUAAAACUUAGAGUAAUUCAGAGAUUUUGAAAUAAGGUCGAUUAUUGAUUUCUGCCGAACAUCGAGUAAAUAGCGCAAAGAAUCCUCUUUUUUGUAAAUAAAUCUCGCAUCUUAGAGGAAAUUACAGAACAUUUUACAUGGCAUGUCAAAAGUCAAAAUAUAUUUUAAAUUUUCUUAAACGAUUGCGCAAACUUAAUACCCUUUGCGCAUAUUUUGCGCAAGUUAAAUGAAAAGAUCUUUUUUAUUAUAGGUUUUAUGUGCCAUUUCAAAUAAGAUAUUAAUAGAUAGAGGAGCAUUUAAUUUGAACGUGAAUUAGUGUUACUUGUGGAACAAUACUAAGGAAUGUAUAUGUGCACUGUACAGUGAAUAUUUGUCUAAGAAUCUUCGCAUUAUAGUGUUACGGAAAUGCUCUUACCCGAAAAUUAUUUGAGAAAAACAAUUAGUAAUUAGAAACUUUUAGCAUUAAGAUUCCUUGCUAGUUCUUUUUUUAUUUUUUAAAAAUGACUUUUAGAAAGAUAUUUGUUGGACUAUACUUAUAAUUUGAAUUCAAAAUUAGAUUUAAAAUAGUGAUAACAAUAUUCCCACGUUAAUUUUCAUGAUUAUGAUUUUAAUAGAUAUGACAUUG